GAGCAGCGAGUCCACGUUAUAAGUUGUGUUGUUUUAUAGUCUUUUUAUUUUAGAAGUAAUAGUGAUAAUCUUAAGAAAUGGCGACAGAAUUGGUUGAUGACCGGGAGUUGAGAGAGGCUCAGAGGGAUUACCUGGACUUCCUGGACGAUGAUCAAGACCAGGGAAUUUACCAGGGCAAAGUCAGGAACAUGAUCAGUGAGAAUAAAGCUCGGCUCAUCGUCAACAUCAAUGACCUGAGGAGGCGCAACGAGACCCGGGCUGCGAAGCUGAUGAAUGGUGCCUUCGAGGAGCUGUUGGCGUUCCAGCGAGCACUGAAGGACCUGGUGGCCUCUGUUGAUGCCACCUAUGCCAAGCAGACUGAGGAGUUCUUCAUCGGCCUGGAGGGCAGCUUUGGGUCCAAACACGUCACCCCACGGACCCUCACUUCUCGGCUGCUGGGCAGCAUGGUGUGCGUGGAGGGCAUCAUCACAAAGUGCUCGCUGGUUUGUCCUAAAGUUGUGCGAAGUGUUCACUACUGUCCAGCAACCAAGAAAACGAUGGAAAGAAAGUACACUGAUAUGACCUCUCUGGAAGCCUUUCCCUCCAGCGCCAUCUACCCCACCAAGGAUGAGGAGAAUAACCCAUUGGAGACAGAGUUUGGGUUGUCCAGCUACAAGGACCAUCAGACCAUCACGGUGCAGGAGAUGCCAGAAAAAGCGCCUGCUGGGCAGCUGCCGCGUUCCGUGGACAUCAUCCUGGACAACGACCUGGUGGAUCUGGUCAAACCGGGCGACAGAGUUCAGGUCGUGGGAACAUACCGCUGCCUGCCUGGCAAGAAGGGCGGCUUCACGUCCGGGACGUUCAGGACCAUCAUGAUCGCCUGCAACGUCAAACAGAUGAUCAAGGAGGUGUUGCCGUCCUUCUCGGCUGCAGACAUUGGCAAAAUCAAGAAGUUUAGUCAGUCUCGAAGUGUGGACGUGUUUGAUCAGCUGGCUCGCUCCCUGGCUCCCAGCAUCCACGGCCACGAGUACAUCAAGAAGGCCAUCCUCUGCAUGCUGCUGGGCGGCGUGGAGAAGGUCCUGGAAAAUGGCUCGCGCAUCAGAGGAGACAUCAACAUCCUGCUCAUCGGUGAUCCAUCAGUGGCAAAGUCGCAGCUGCUGCGUUACGUGUUGCACACGGCGCCCAGAGCCAUCCCCACCACCGGGCGAGGCUCCUCUGGCGUCGGUCUCACCGCUGCAGUCACCACUGACCAGGAGACGGGUGAGCGCCGCCUGGAGGCCGGCGCCAUGGUGUUGGGGGACCGCGGCAUCGUGUGCAUUGACGAAUUUGACAAGAUGUCCGACAUGGACCGGACGGCCAUCCACGAGGUGAUGGAGCAGGGGCGCGUCACCAUCGCCAAAGCCGGCAUCCACGCCAGACUCAAUGCCCGCUGCUCUGUGCUGGCAGCUGCCAAUCCCGUGUAUGGGAGGUAUGACCAGUAUAAAACUCCCAUGGAGAACAUUGGACUCCAGGACUCCCUGCUGUCACGUUUCGAUCUCCUCUUCAUCAUGUUGGACCAAAUGGACCCUGAACAGGACCGGGAGAUCUCAGACCAUGUGCUGAGGAUGCACCGUUAUCGGGACCCACACGAGCAGGAGGGCGCAGCCAUGCUUCUGGGUGGGGCGGUGGAUGUUCUCGCUACUGAGGAUCCGGACUCGGUUGUGGAAGAGCAGGAGGAGCUGCAGAUCUACGAGAAACACAACAACUUGCUGCACGGGAGCAAGAGAAAGAGAGAGAAGGUUGUGAGUAAAGAAUUCAUGAGGAAGUACAUUCACAUCGCCAAGUCCGUGACGCCCGUGCUUACAGAGGAGGCAGCCAAUCACAUCGCAGAAGAGUACUCCAGGCUGAGGAGCCAGGAGCAGCUGGCAGCCGAUAUCGCACGGACCUCGCCAGUGACGGCACGCACGCUGGAGACUCUGAUCCGUCUGUCCACGGCACACGCCAAGGCUCGGAUGAGCAAAGCCGUGGAGCUGGAGGACUCUGAGGUCGCCGUGGAGCUCGUCCAGUUUGCCUACUUUAAAAAGGUUCUCGAGAAGGAGAAGAAACGUUCAAAGCGGGAACGAGAUUCAGGAUCAGAGGAUGAAGAGGAGGAGAAGACAGCAGCCACUCAGUCUUCUCAGCGAGCUACGAGGAAGAGGGGGCGCCGUGGCUCUCAGAGCAGCGAGCCUUACAGUCCGUAUGACUUCAGUGAAGACCAGGACAUCCCUCAGAUUCAGGCUGGCACCCCGAAACCAGCCACCCCUCCACAUGAGGAGGAGGAGCCGAUGGACACCACGUCACAAGCGGCGGAUCUGUCUGCAGACAGGCUGAAAGAGUUCAAGUCCUCGCUGUUCGCCGUGUUCCAGUCAGCUCACGCUCAGUCUGUAAAAAUGAAGACCCUGAUGGACGACAUCAACAAGGACCUGGAGAAACGAUUCACAGAGCCAGAGGUUCGCGCUGCUUUGGCUCAAAUGCAGGAGGACAACCAGGUCAUGGUGGCGGACGACAUGGUCUUCCUCAUCUGAGGGAGGACAAUGUCUCUUACCUCCACUAUGUGGACUUGAUGACAAAUGUCAGUUUUUCAAAUACAAACUGGUCGGCUGUUGUUCCUUUUGUGAUAAUUACUGUGCAUAUCUACAGUGAUGAUAGGAACCCGUUCAUGCUCUAGU